GCUCCUGUCUAUGGCAUGAACCGACUUACACCUCAGCAACAUAUAUAUGCUUAUCAACCCCCAAUGCAUACACCACCUCUGCAGAACACUUCUAGCUGUAUGUUUUCUCAGGAAAUGUAUGGGCCACCCCUGCGUUUCGAUUCUCCUGGCACUGCACUCAUUUCUCCCCGGGCAAGUGAGGACUAUUACAAUUACAGUGUUCCCCAGGCAAGCACAAAUCCCACACUGCCUAAACCAGGUUAUUUCACCAACCGUUCAGCCACUCCUCCGACUCUAAAACCUGCAGAAUCCAAAGUGAUGCCUAAGUUUGGCCAGACAGGAACAACAGAAGGAUCGAAACCAGCUCUGCCAACACCAGCACAGCCAACUCAGCCCACAAUGUUUAAAUUUAAACCCAACUUCAAGUCUAAUGAUGGAGACUUUACCUUUUCUUCUCCUCCUCAAGUUGCACCACAGCCUCUUAAUGCACCUUUUAAUAGCAGGGAGAGGCUCUUGGAUCUUCUGACAUCUGAUAAACCUUUACAGGAUGAUAGAUAUGCUGACCAAAAACCAGUUAAUGACCACGCCAAUAAUUCAAGAAAUAUCUUCACUUUUAGCAAUAAACAUGCUCCAGGCAUCUCUCUCAGAGAAAACAUGGGACAAAACGCCCACAAAAACUUGGGUUUUGAGAAGGGUGAUAUGUUCAGUGUCCAAGAAACAAGCAAGCCUCUAUUUAUGACUUCCAGUUCAGAUUUGGCCAACAGAAGUCAUGAAACAGAGGGAGGAAGCACCCAUGGUGAUGAGGAUGAUGAUGGUCCUCAUUUUGAUCCUGUGGUGCCUCUCCCUGAUAAGAUUGAAGUAAAGACAGGUGAGGAAGAUGAAGAAGAAUUCUUCUGCAACAGAGCCAAGCUCUUCCGUUUCGAUGCAGAAUCUAAAGAGUGGAAAGAAAGGGGAGUUGGAAACGUGAAAAUACUGAAACAUAAAGUAUCUGGCAAAUUUCGGCUCUUAAUGAGACGGGACCAAGUGCUGAAAAUCUGUGCAAAUCACUACAUCAAUACUGAUAUGAAAUUAACCCCGAAUGCUACAUCAGAUAAGUCAUUUGUAUGGCAUGCUUUGGAUUAUGCAGAUGAGUUGCCAAAACCAGAACAGCUUGCAAUUAGGUUUAAAACACCUGAGGAAGCAAUGCUUUUCAAGAAGAAGUUUGAGGAGGCACAGAAUAUUUUAAAGUCACUGGGCUCAAAGGCUGACACAGCUGGGACUCAGAGUAGUGGGACUGCAAAGGAAGCAGUGACUCAGGACAGCAAGGAGCCUAGCAGAUCCAUUGCUGGAAGCCUGAACUUGGGCUUUCAGUUCUCCAAAGAUGGAGCAAGCAGUGAAGCUGAUAGCAAAGGCAGCGUGACAGCUACAUCAACUACAUCUGGCCCUACUAUUUCAUUUGGAAAGGAUCCUCAGCAAGCCUAUUCUGGUGGAUUUGGGCAGCAUCUCUUGAAGAAGGAUCAGUGGGAGGGUAAAGUCUGUUUAGUUCUGAAUGAAGCAGCUGCAAAGAAUUGUGUGGCAUGUCAAAGUCCAAAUCCAGAUACGUGGGAUUCACAUGUCACCCCAUUAAGUGGCUCUGCAAGUUUUAAAGCCAGUGGUAACACUGUGCAGGACACAUUUGGAUCUGCUUUUGCUAAAAAGGAAGGGCAGUGGGACUGCUCUGUAUGCCUAGUCCGAAAUGAAGCAAAGGAUGUGAACUGUUGUGCUUGUCAGAGUCCUAAUCCUCAAAGUCAACCAGCUAUGGCUCUACCUACUGUUCAGGCACCCCUCACUCCUGGGUUUGGUUCCAUUGCUGAUGCAAGUAAGCCACAGAAAAAUGGGUUUGAAGGGCUUUUUGCUAAAAAGGAAGGGCAGUGGGAUUGUAGUACUUGUUUUGUGAGGAAUGAAGGUUCGUCACUAGCCUGCGUAGCCUGCAAUGAACCAAAUCCAUCUAAGCCUGGUGGAGAUGCCCCAUCAGCUCCUACUUUUGGCUUGAAAAGUACAUUAUCUGAACUUGAUGGUGGACAGUUGGGAACAGGAUUUAAGUUUGGUCUUGAGCAAGGCAAGACACCUUCAUUCACAUUUCAGAUUUCUUCUGAUACUGAAGCUAAGUCUGCAAAGGAAGGAUUUAGCUUUUCAAUGCCAGUGCCUGCAGGGGGAUUUAAAUUUGGGAUACAGGAGUCUGGUAAUGAAAAGGACAAAAAGGAACAGCCUUCAGAGAGUGGAAUUGGAUUCCAGUUUCAAGAAACAGCAGACAAAGAGAAAGUUGACUUUGUUUUUGGGCAAAGUAGCAGCACUGCUACUUUUGCUGAGCUUGCAAGAAAUACUCCUAGGGAAGGCUUCCAGUUUGGCAAAAAGGACCCUAACUUCAAAGGCUUCUCAGGUGCAGGUGAAAAGCUGUUUUCUUCCCAGAAUUCCAAAAUGGAUCAGAAAGCAAACACAUCUGCUGACCUUGCUGAGAAGGAUGAUGAUGUGUACAAGACAGAAGAGAGUGAUGAUAUCCAUUUUGAACCUAUAGUUCAGAUGCCUGAAAAAGUAGAACCAUUUACAGGAGAGGAAGAUGAGAAAGUGUUAUACUGCCAGAGAGUGAAGCUGUUCAGGUUUGAUCCAGAAACAAGCCAGUGGAAAGAACGUGGGGUGGGCAACCUGAAGAUUCUGAAAAACGAAGUGAAUGGCAAGGUCAGAAUAUUGAUGCGGCGCGAGCAGGUCCUGAAGGUGUGUGCAAAUCACUGGAUAACGACAACGAUGAACUUGAAGCAGCUGUCUGGCUCAGACAAAGCAUGGAUGUGGAUGGCCAGUGACUUCUCUGAUGGUGAUGCAAAGCUGGAACAGUUGGCAGCAAAAUUCAAGACUCCAGAGCAGGCCGAGGAGUUCAAACAGAAGUUUGAAGAAUGUCAAAGGUUGCUGCUAGAUAUACCACUGCAGACACCCCAUAAACUUGUGGAUACAGGCAGGACAGCUCAGCUCAUACAGAAAGCAGAAGAAAUGAAGUGUGGCUUAAAAGAUCUCAAAACUUUUCUGACAGAUGACAAAACUAAACUGUCAGAGGAGGAAAAUGUAAACUCUGUCAGUGCCAACAGUACUUCUGAUCUGGUUAUAAAGCCACAUGCUGAAAGCACUGGGCCUACUCUGGAGUGGGAUAAUUAUGACCUGCGUGAAGAAGCACUGGAUGAUAGUGUAAGUAGUUCUGUAUAUGCAUCACCUCUUGCAAGUAGCCCUGUAAGGAAAAAUCUGUUCAGAUUUGGAGAGUCCACCACUGGGUUUAGUUUCAGCUUUAAAUCUGCCUUGAGCCCAUCCAAAUCUCCUGCCAAACAGAAUCAGAGUAGGACAUCAGUAGGCACAGAUGAAGAUUCUGAUGUCACUCAAGAAGAAGAGAGAGAUGGUCAGUACUUUGAACCUGUGGUACCUCUGCCUGACCUUGUGGAAGUGACCAGUGGUGAGGAAAAUGAGCAAGUUGUCUUCAGCCACAGAGCUAAGCUCUACAGAUACGACAAAGAUGCUAAUCAGUGGAAGGAGAGAGGGAUUGGGGAUAUCAAGAUCCUGCAGAACUACGACACCAAACAAGUGCGUAUAGUCAUGAGAAGGGACCAGGUACUGAAGCUCUGUGCCAACCACAGAAUAACACCAGAUAUGAAUAUGCAACAGAUGAAAGGAUCUGACAGAGCUUGGGUGUGGACUGCGUGUGACUUCGCAGAUGGGGAAAGGAAAGUAGAACUUCUGGCUGUGAGAUUCAAGCUGCAAGAUGUUGCAGACUCAUUUAAGCAAAUUUUUGAUGAGGCAAAGCAUGCCCAGGAGAGAGAGACACUGAUAACUCCUCUUUCCUCUCGUGCCAAUACACCAAAGGAAUCACCUUGUGGUAAAAAUGCUGUAGCUGUGCUGGAAGAAACGACCAGAGAAAGAACUGACCUCAGCCAUGGGGAUGAUUCUUCUGAUGUAACUGUUGAGGCUGCAGAGGUGUCAAACACUUCGGAAACACCAACAAAAACAGUGGUUUCUCCUCCCAAGUUUGUAUUUGGAUCUGAAUCUGUCAAGAGCAUUUUCAGUAAUGAAAAGUCAAAGACAUUCACAUUUGGAAAUACUUCAGCCACUGGUUCUCUCUUUGGCUUCAGCUUUAAUCCUCCAAGAAAGAGUGAAGACCAGAUUUCACCAUCCCAGAACACAGCCCAGAAAGAACAGGAAGCCUCUGAACCACCAAAAAGCUCUAAUGCUGCUCAGAAGCCUGCAGACAGCAAGGUAGACAACUUGCCUGCUUCAACACAAGAUGGACCCUCUAACUUCUCCUUUAAGAUUCUGGAUAAAGCUGAGAAGACUCCAGCAUCAGAAGAUGACCUUCCAUCUGAUGAGGUGGUUAUAGUGUACGAGUUAACACCUACCCCUGAACAGAGAGCGCUCGCUGAGCUGCUCAAGCUCCCUGCAACCUUCUUCUGUUACAAGAAUAAGCCUGGAUACAUCAGUGAUGAGGAGGAUGAUGAAGACUAUGAAACAGCUGUUAAGAAACUUAAUGGAAGACUUUAUUGCAGUGAUUCACAAGUGAAAAAGAAAUUGCAAGAGCCUGUUAAAGGUGGUGAAAGAGAAUGUGCUGCAGCUUGGGAAGAGAAACCAACUCCUGAGGAGAAAGCUGAGGCAGAAACUCCUCAGGUUCCUUCUACAUCUGUCUGUGGGGUCAGCAGUGAUACUGAAGAUGACAGUCCAGAAGACUUACAGACAGAAGCUAAAACAGAAGAAAUGAAAGAGAAUGAGGCUGCAAGCUCAGGUGACUUAACCUCUACCAACAAGGAAGAAAUACCUACUCCAGCUGAAGAGGUGACAGUAUUUGUGCAGUCAGCAACCAGCAGCAAAGAAUCAGAUUCCACCACAGAAACUCUGCAAGUAUCACAGACUUCAUCACAAGCUGAUGAGAAGCCUGUAGACUUGUCAACCAAAAAGAGUGAUUCGGAGUGUGCUGAGUCGACACAAGAAAACAAAAUCAUCUCCUUUGGUUUUGGCAAUGCUGCAGGGCUGUCUUUUGCAGAUCUGGCUUCCAAAAACUCUGGAGACUUUGCUUUUGGCUCUAAAGGUGAGUUAAACUGGUCUCUGAGACAGACUUCAGCUGAAAUUCUGCUUCAUCAGAAAGCAGAGAGGGACUUGGCG